UACUUAUAGUAUGUAUAUAUACAAACCUCUGGAUCAAAUAAAAAAACAAAUCGAUCAGCAUCACUAUUUUGCGAUUUUAUAGAUAAGAAACAUCCAAGAUAGUUGUAAUUAUGUCAAGCUCUGAUUCAAUUGCCUUAUCAGUUGUAGGAGACGUGUACACGACCACAGGAGCAUAUAAAAGAAGCAUUUGUAUGGCAGCUGCAUCAGGGAAUUGGGCUGUUGCUUCAUCAUUCGAUAAAACUCAUCCUAAUUGGACAUAUGCUUCCUUGAAUGCAAAGGGUGACACAGCACUCCACAUUGCAGUGGCAUUGGGAAACACUAGAUUUGUGGAAAAGUUAGUAAAACGUACUACAAACAUAGAACAUUUGGAAAUUCUCAACACAGAUGGAAAUACUGCCUUUUGUAUAGCUGCCAUUUCAGGGAAUAUAAAAAUUGCUAAAAUUUUAUUUGGCAAGAACCCAGUAUUGUUGAGGAUUAGAGGCCAAGAUGAGAUGUUGCCAAUUCAGUUGGCAUCCUUAGUUGGACAACUUCAUAUGGUUAAAUUUUUGUUUGAUAAAACUGGAGAAGAGCUGCUCAUUAAUCUACCCUUUGAAGAUAAAGUCAAGCUGUUUUUCUUGACCUUUACAUGCAACAUUUAUACAAGGGCAUUGGGUUUGUUGAAAGAAUAUCCUAGACUCGCCACUUCAAAAAAUGAAAAGGGAUUAACUGCCUUGGAAGCGCUUGCCGAAUCAACCUUCAAUAAGCAUGCAACUGGAUACCGAGAUUUUUUAAGAUUGUUUUUUAAUGCUUUGGAAGAGGAAGACACCCAGGUCCUACAAUCUGAAAAAGCUAAAGAAGCAAUGUUCAGCGCAGCAAAAUCAGGAAACUUUAUGGUUUUAGACUAUCUUUUUAACUAUAACCCCAAUUUGUUUUUGGAAGUCAAUUCUCAAGGAGAAAACUUGCUUCAAAUUGCAAUUUCAAAUAGACAAACAAGUGUAUUUCGUCUAAUAUUCCACAAGGGUGCAUACAGAAACAUUUUAGCGCUACAUGUUGAUAGUAAAGGAAACAAUAUUCUACACUUGGCUGGAAAGUUAGCAGCUGAAGGAAGAUUUGGAUCACCAAUUAAUCAAUUUAUUAUUCAUAGUGAAGAACUAUGGUUUCAGGAAGUGGAGAAGAUAGUUCCUCCUAUAUACAAAACCAUGAAGAAUGAAGAAUCUAUGACACCAAAAGAUGUAUUUUAUAAGGAACACCUAGAACUGUCUGAAAAAGCUAUAAUUGAAGUAAAUGGAAUUGCAAAUAACUAUUUAUUUGUUGAAGCUCUUAUGAUCACGCUGGAGAUGAGUGCAUUUCUCACAAUUCGUACAAACGAUACUAGUGGAAAACAUCCCCUUUUUAAGGAAAAGAUAUGGUACAUGAUAUUUCUUCUAUCAGUUGAAAUUGGAGUGAGUUUAUGUGCAGUAUCUAUGAACUGCUUCACAUCAGUUAUAGUACCUUCAAGCUGGAGUCCAAGCACAAAUUAUAUCAACUCCAGGCUAGCAAGAAUGACAUUUGGGGUUCUUUUUGCUCUUGCAGGUUUUGCAACCUUUGGUAUUUUUGGUAGCAUAUCUGGUGUUAUUUUGAUCUACAGCUUCGUUCCCAACUGGGUCAUUUGUGUUAGUGUUGCAUGGUGCGGCUUUACAUUUGCCAUGUUUUAUGUAUUUCUUUAUCGUACUUUGUACGUCUCUGCGCGCUUGACACUGGCCCUUUGUCGGCAAUAUGGAGCCACGGUAUUGGCAAAAUUAGGGUAUGAAAUUAGUUGGGAGCCUUUUUUCUUGGAUUAGUCAAUUAGAUGAUGGUCUGGGAGGACGUGAUCUAAAAUAAUCUUUUUCCCUAAGAGUGAUAUAUAUGUAAAAUAACUAUCUCAAUAUAAUCUUGAAUAAAAUAUAGUUUUCUUUCCUAUGAGUGAAACUUGUGUUGUUCAAGGUUGAACUGUUACGAACCAGUGAUUAUUAAAUAUAUGAUAUCCCUAUUAAGUAUUA